CAAACCCGGCUACAUUGUUUCUAAAUCGCGAAAGUGCAGUCCAGUUUCGCACUUUUAGAUUAGUUAUAAUCAGUCGGCAUAAUAAAAGAAAAAAGCCCAAGUCCAGUGCAUUUAGUGGCUGACCCAAAAAUUUCGGGUACAUUUUGUUUUUUGUUCCUCAUUUUCGUCGGAGACCUUAACUCUGAGUUUGUGUCUUUUCAAGAAAUUGCUACGUGGUCUUUUUGAAUACAAAAUAUUAAUUAACUAUUUUUAUGCACUAUUUUAGUACUUUUUAAAGUUGGUCUUGAUUUUAUUUCUUUAAAUGAUUGUCUCAAAAACCGCAAUUAAUUUAAUCAGUAGAUUACAUAGUAAUUGAAAAUAUGUCGUUUGUUUCUAAUAUAUUUGUACAUAUUUUUUUAUCUAGGGAAGAAUAUCUGUUCUCAGUAUUCGAAGCAAUAAUAUCCACAUUAGAAUCGAAAUUACAAAGGAUAGAAAACUUGGAUAAAGCUGUUGAACAUCUAAUGAGACGAGUCGAAGGAUUGGAUUCGCGAGUAAACGAUAAUAUAGGCAAAACCGAAUCGAUAAUUGCCAAACUCGGUAAUCUAGAUAUAAAACUAUUUCAAAGUCCUUCCGCUAAUGAUGAACCGAGACCUUUUUCACUUCGAUCUGACGAAAACAAAGAAAAACUAAACGAUCGCCUAAUCUCGUUGGAUAUAAAAGUCGAAAAAAUCGACAGGAAACUUAACAAUUUAAAAAAUCAACUGGACAACAAUAAUCUUCCAGGGGAAGAUAUAAAUGCAGAGGCAAGUGAAAAAAAACCGGUCAGCAUGAAUGUCGUGGAAAUAACAAAAGCUCUAAACAGCGAAGUGAUGAAUCACAUAAGUAAAGAGCUCAACCAGUUACGAACGGUUACCACCAAUGUCGACAGAAAGCUUCAAUUUCACAUAAAUUUGGUUUCCGAUAAUCUUGGAAAAGUGGUAAGAAUGAUGUCGGAAGUUCACGAGGCAGUUGUUGAACCGGAAGAAGCUAACGAUGCAGGAGGAGGAAUAUUUUGGAACAAUAAAACAACAACCACGAUGCCCACUACACCUCCUCCAUCGAUAGUUAGAAAUAGUAAAAUUGACGCAUUGGUUAAACAGAUGCGUCCCAUCAUGACUGUUUCAGAAAAGAUGGACGAAGUGUGGGACGUAGUGACCGGAACCAAGAGUUCAGUAGAUAAUCUUCUGCCGAAAACUGGAGAACUAUUAAUCCAUACGCAAAGGCAAGAAAGAGCCAUUGGUGAAAUACAUAACGACCUACGUGUUAAAACGAAUAAGAUUAUACAAAAUUUAGAUAUGGUCGAAAGGAGAUUAAAAAAACAAGAAGAUAACGUCGCAACUUUAGCUCAGCGGCCCGUUCCAGCUGAACUUCUUUUGGAUCCUACAAUAGACAGAUUAGUUGAGUUCGAUGCCAGUAGAUAUACUAGUGAAGACUAUACGCACGAUCAGCUAACAGAAACGACUACACCGAUUGCAACGUUUACAACUUUGCCACCUUCCCUAUCGCCAACUCCCUCCCCUUCUACUUUGUUAAUAAUAAAUCAAACAAUGUAUAGCUCAAUAGCGUCACCUGCACAACAGGCCACAUCGACCAGUUCGGAAAAACGAUCGGAAAAGCGAAAAGGAGGAAUAAUUUUCCCUAGCGUCAAAAACAAACCCUCGCCCCCGAAUACUACAUUCACAACCGACAUGAUUACCAACAUUAAAGAUGUUAGAGGCUAUUCUUGUGUUGAUUUCUUGAACGGGGGCAUGAAAGAUUCCGGUGUGUACUAUCUUCAAAUACGAGGUACGACUUACUGGUUUCUAAAAGUUUACUGCGAACAGGAGAUCGCCGAUGGAGGAUGGACGGUAAGUUUAUUUCUUUAACCCACACGUAUUUUACACUAUAAGGGAGGGGGUUUCGGUUAACAAUUAAUAAUUCGUUUUUUGUUUCUUUGACGAUACAAAAAAAGCUG